CGCUAGACAAGACUUGCUCGUCUACUAUUGAUCCGUAAGAAGACGACAAGACAUCGAUCAUAUUCGUGUACUGUCUCGCGUCAUUGCGUCUGAAUCGUUCAACAUAGCUGAACUCGACAUGGUCGCCGCGGCAUCACAAGUAAAGGAGGGAAAGAUCGCAAGGCAUGUAAAAGGUGUAGACCUUGGCGAAGUCUACUCGGAGAAUGUAGUGGCAAAGAUAGUGCAGGUUGCACAAAGAGGCUUUAAACAAAAGGCCCCCCUCGCUUCAUAUCCACAUACAGUACCCCAAGAAGGACCUGAUUCUGGGAAGUAUGAAGAACGAGAAGCGGAUUUCUGGACUUGCGGCUUCUUCCCCGGCGCAGUAUAUGCCAUCCUCGAGCGUGCCAUGAGGUAUCCUCAGGCACUCGAUGUUCCGGAACAUGUGCGAUCGCAUGUACAGGAGCAGUUGCUCAAGCUUGGGAGACACUAUGGUGUCGCCAUUAACCAAAUGUCCAGCCGAAGAGAUACGCAUGACAUGGGCUUCAUUGUACAGCCAGCAUUACAGAAAGACUGGGAGUUGACCGGAAACCAAGAAAGCCUGCAGUCUGUCGUGAACGCAGCAUAUGCGCUAGCUUCGAGAUACGAUGACCAGGUGAAAGCGAUCCGGAGUUGGGAUGUUGCGAUCAACGAUCGAUACUCAAUCACCGAUAUGGAUACCAACUUCCUCGUCAUUAUUGAUAGCAUGUGUAAUCUGGACCUGCUUUACUUCGUUGGACACCUUAAAGACGACCAAUCUCUCAUCGACAUUGCAACUCAACAUGCGGACUCCAUCAUUCAUGAAAUCUUGAGGCCAGACUUCUCUAGCUACCAUCUCGUAAACUUUGACCCAAGGACUGGGCGGCCGCAGGCAAAAAUGACGAACCAAGGCUGGAGAGAUGAGUCUACAUGGAGCCGAGGCCAGGCAUGGUCCAUCAUGGGAUUCGCGCAAACAUACAGCUGGACUAAAGACGUAAAGUAUCUCAAGACAGCGAUUGGAUGCGCGGAGUAUUUCCUGCAGAGGAUGAAAGAAGGCGAAGGGAAAUGGCAUCACCAUAUGAUACCACUGUGGGACUUUCACGCGCCACAAGAAAAUCCCCAGGAGCCUUUACGCGAUGUUUCCGCCGGUGUGAUAGCUGCAAACGGUCUUCUCAUCCUCCACCAAUCUCUCCAAGCUCUUCCGACGAGCGCCGCCACAGAGAUAUCUGGAAACACCAACUUCCUCGACAUCGCAUUACAGAUUGUGUCAGAGACGCUUGACAUGUCGUACGAUCAAGAUCUAGCAUCUUUCCAGGUGCCGGAGAAGGGCAUGGUGAAUGGAAACAGCGUUACCGACGAGCUGAAAGUGAAAGAAAGUGGAUUCGAGUGCUUACUUAGGAACAGUACCACAAAUUGGAAUCCAGAUGCCCACAAGAAGUACAAGGAUCAUGGGCUGGUGUACGCAGAUUACUAUUUACUUGAGUUCGGUAACAAACUCCUGAGAGCGGGAUUGUUAUAGAGUAUAUGUACAUCGAUCAAUAGAGGACUCUCUUAUCUC